AUGGAAGAACGACGAGGGAGUGUUGACCAUAUUCAACAAGUGCCUUCACAUCGUGCCACACAACACGAUGGGCAUCUACGACAUAGAGAUGAACAGUUACAAGACGAUCAGCUACUUCGAAGAAACCUUUCAUUCCAAAGCCUAAAUAAUUAUCGUCUUGAUUCUCGCCCUACAUCGCCUAAUUUGACGUUAAGUCUACCACGCAGACGCACUACAUUCAGAUCAUACUCGAAUUCACAUUCGCCUCCGCUGAUACGAUCGAUCGACCCACUCGAUUCUUCUUAUCAUACCAAUGGUGCUGCUUUACUGGGUGAUCCGGGUCAUCAUGAAUUACUGGCAUAUAGAGGAGAAAACUUAAAAAGCGUUAGCCUUGCACCGACGGGUAGUAAUGUAUCACACUCUACUACUACUGCUACCGGUAGAGCAUCAUAUUUGUCUCCAUUGGACAGGGCGGUUACUACAUAUACGUCAGUUGUUGGCUACCCGUCGAAGAAGACCACUGGAUUUAUGAGGUUUCUGAAUCGUAUAGCAAGCUGGCUAUACUCCAUUUCGCUAUUCAUUGUGAUUGUACUAAUGUUGGCGUUUAUUGCAGUAACACCGGUUGAUGUUAUUGCUCAAACAUUUACGACAAAUAGCUCGAUUGCAGUCAAGACCUUUAUUGUGAUUAUUGUGUGUGUUGCCUUUGUGGUCAUUUUCUUCCUCAUAUACUUGGUACGAGUUUACAAAUUCAAAGUGGCAAUGAACGAAGUUCCCUUGAAGUCGCUAUACAUUCCAUUCGAAAAUGAUUUCCCUAGAGAUGUUUUCAAGUAUAUCGAUUCCAAAUUGAAAGAAAGUCACGACGUGGCACAAUUGGCGGGUCCGUUGCACCAAUGUGGCUUGAUUAACCACCCAGGAUUGUCUCCUCCAGAGUACAUACAGAAGAGAGAUUCUGGUGGAAGUGGCGAUAUGCUGGGAAAGUUGCUUCCCCCAAAUAUGCAGUAUGAGGAUGUUUUGCAAAGUUUUGCUGAUAAGUUCUAUGAUGGAAAGCUUCUCACUGAUGCCGAUUUACCAAUUCAUUUUUCCAUAAGAGACAUAAUUUUGUAUUUGUCGGAGCAGGUUUCGGAAAACGCCAAAACAAAUGAGGAAGAAUCAUCAAAUCUUUGCAACCAGCUUGAUGUUGACAAGUUGAUUGCUAUAUAUGAGAAAUGUCGAUUUAGUCCCGACUUAAUAACAGAGAAAGACAUGUUUUAUUUCAUGUUGGAUUUUGACAAGUUUGCUCGGAUAUGCCAAAAUGAUUAUCGGUCGAAAAUGCCCAAGCGUAUGCUGCGUGCAACAAGGCCGUCGCAUUCGUCUACUAACUAUGAUAUUGAUGAAAAUGGGUAUAUCUCGAGCAGUGAUAGGAAAUAUUAUAGUAGUGCGAUAUUUUACGAUACUGGCGACGAAGAAGAUGAGGAAGUUCCUCAUAAUUAUCCUCGCGGAAGCAAGUAUGACUAUGAUUAUUUUGAUUCCGAUACUUCAUCAAUGGGCCGCGAGCAUAAUGAGCAUGUUCAUCGAGGUAUUCACCCAAGCCAUCUUGCAGUUUCGCCUCUAGUUCGUCAAAUGAGCCCUUUCGAUCAUAGACGCCCCGAAGACCAGUUCUACACAAAUGUUGAUUACGAGCAAGAGCAAUCUUUGUAUAAUGAUCGCUACAACAAUGAUGAUAAUGACGAUAAUGACGAGCGCCGCUCUUCACUUCGGUUGUCGAGACGUGCGAGUGUUAGUAGUUCAAGAUCAGUGAUUCGUAACAAACUUGCCUUGCAAAGCAAACACACAUUGCUGAACUUGAGAUAUGAUGAUGGAGAAAAUGAUGCAAACUCAUUGACGAGAAACAAAUCGGGAUACAUUACAGACUCAGAGAAUGAUGAGUUUGACGAAAAUGAGUUUGGCGUGGUAGAUCAUAGAGGAUUGAGGAAGGAUUACAAGGUAAAAAAAAGACCUAAUGCAUUUGAAGGAGUACCAGUAAGGAUUGUGAUUAAUGAUGAAGAGCCCAAUGAGGAUACUGAGAGGCAUGAAAGAAAGCAUGAGUUUGAAAUUUAA